AUGAAAUCUCUUUAUUUAGUAUUCCUCACUCACUUCAAUGAAUAACAAUAAGUACUGCUAUUUCAAAAUACUCCAUAACACCCAUUCUCUCUUCCUCAAACUGAAAUUACAAAAGAGGAUUUCUUGAGUGCAUCAAUCGCUGGACCCAAAAUAAUCUUGGAUUAGUUGAAGAACAUAGAAUUGUAGAAAUUCUCUUUUUUCAAGAAAGAAUACUCAGAUCUGAUUGAUUUUCAUAAAUACAAUGAGAAGGAAAAGUAUAUGUGGAGUCUAAGUUCAUAAGAGGAGAAAGUAGACUUUCAAUAAAAUAUUAAAGGAAUUACUUAGACACAAAAGAAAUGUUUAGACUCCACUUUGGACAAAAUAUUUUAAUAAUUGUCCACUAUGGAAUGAUGAUGACGAAGAGAACUUUUAUUACAUCAUAAAUUUACAGUAAAUUGAUCUAGAUUAUAUUCAUUAACAAAAGGGCUUAAGUUUUAAGUAUUUUAAUUUGAUACAGUAUUUAUAGGUAAGUCAAUAUAUUAGAAUUGCAUGAAAGUUUAUCAUUCAAUAUGCCAGAGUAGAAAGAUAAGUUUAUCUACUUAUAAAAUGCCUUGAUGAAAAAAGAUUAUUUAAGAACAGAUGGUAGAGUUGUACUCCACUUUAAUUUCAAAACAAAAUAAUAUUCAAUUCAGGAUGGUUCAGGCUUCCAUUUGGAUACUGUGUCUGUUUACAAUGGAAUAUUCCGUAGAAGGUAUGAUAAUUGGAAUCAAUAUAACGUGGCUGAGGGUCAUUAUCCAAGUGAUGAUGUAAUUCAGAGGGCUGAUGCAAUCAUUAUGCCUGGAAAUAGAGUAUCUGUGUAUGAGCAGUACAAAUGGAUAGAGGAUGUUAAGGCAAUAUUAAAAAAGGCAUAUGAGACUAAUCCAAAGGUCAAGAUUCUAGGAAUUUGUUUUGGCUUUUAAAUACUUACAGUAGCAUUGGGAGGGAAUGUUGAAGAAAUGUAAAAUGAAUUUGUAUUUGGGAACACUCCUCUGUUCCAUAAUAUUGAUGCAAUGAAAUAAUUUAAGUUGUUUUAAGGGAUGUAAUUACAAGAAAGAACUAUAAUUAAUUAAGCUCAUGGUGAUGAAAUUACAAAAUACCCUGAAAUUCUACAAUUAAUCUCUUCUAGUUAGUCUUGCAAAGUAACUCUAAAAUAAUAUUAAUAGAAUGAAAUCAUGAUUUCUAAAGACGAAAGAAUUUUGGUAUUUUAGGGGCAUCCUGAAUAUUCAAGUGCAGGAAUGAAUAUGUUAUCACUUGCAUCAAGAUUACCGUCUGAAUUAUCAACAUUAGAAUAGGUUAUUAAGGAAGUUAAAAGAUUAUAUCCUUAAGAAUAGGAUCCAUUCCAUUUGAACUUAUGUUUGAAAUUUCUUAAAAUUGAAAAAUGAUUAUAAAAGAAGUACAUUUAAUAAACUAA